AUGGGAGACGAGAACUGGACAUUGCACGAAGACGUCUUGUUAUUCAAAGAUCAGGUGUUUGUUCCGGAUGAGGGGGAUCUUCGAGCUCGGUUACUAGAUAAAAUCCAUUGUCAACCAUCGACAGCUCACCCAGGCAAGAAUAAGAUAAAGCAAUUAGUUCAAGCACGUUACUAUUGGAUUACCUGGAACAAAGAUGUGGAGCGAUAUGUCGACAACUUGGAUCAUGCUCAGACCGAUGGGCAGACGGAGAUCGCAAAUCAGUAUUUGUCCCAACGCCUGAGACUAUAUGUUAACCACUUUCAAGAUGAUUGGUCGGAGUGGUUACCAAUUAUCAAUUUUGCGGCUGCUUCAUUGCCUCAAGAUUCCACAGGGUUGUCACCAUUUAUGAUUGAAAAGGGGUUUCAACCAAGGAUGUCAUUCGACUGGAGAAAACCAGAUUUACCAAGGAAGUUCACUGCCAACGAGAAGAAUGCGCGCGUGUGGGUGAAGCGAUUUCAAGAGAUUUGGGACUUUGCUCGUGGUAAUCUAGAGAUAGCGUAA